AUGGUCACAUACCAAAGCAUCAUCCUCUUUCUACUGGGAGCACGGUUAGCUACAGGCCAAGCGAUCACAGUUGCAGCAACACAAUCGACAGGAUGGAAUUCCUCUUUCGAGCUCAGCGCCGACCAGGUCAAGCAAGCCAAUUUGACCAGCGAUCUUGAAGCAAUCGUCAACACAAUCACUAAGUUCGACCGCUCUCAGCUUGCCAACGGCGGGGCACAUGAGGAUGACUUCUACAACAUCCAGGGCCUUUCCAAAGAGCAAUGGCCCACCGAGCCCGGCAAGACCCUCAAGCUUCAAGAACUCACCGACCCAUUGCCAUUCUCCAUUCCCGCCAAGACGGCCAUGUCCCGCAUUAUCUAUAGCACUACCAACCUCAACGGAACCUUGAUCCCUGCGUCUGCCUAUAUCCUGUGGCCAUUCAAUCCACGACCAAUUCGUGCUCUGAGCAACACUACGACGGCAUCAUCCGCCCCCGUGGUACUCUGGACGCACGGAACCUCCGGCUGGUACGCCAACGGCGGCCCCUCGACGCACCGCGGGCUCUUCUACGGCGACUUUGUCCCAUUUGCGCUGGCGGAGGCCGGGUACGCCGUCAUUGCUCCUGACUACGCUGGUUUGGGCGUCGACACAUCCUGGGAUGGAAGUUACAUCCCGCACCAGUACAAUAUCCGCGAAGCCGGCGCGCACGAUGCCCUCAACGCGCUGCGAGCGGCACGAGACUCCUUUCCCACGCUCUUGUCAAGCGACUACGUUUCACUGGGCCAUAGCCAAGGCGGUGCAGUCGCCUGGGGCCUGUCCGAGAUCCUGGCCCGUAACGACUUCCAGUUCUCGGAUGUGACCCCAAGCUACCUCGGUGGGAUAAUUGUUGCUCCUCCAACGGCAUCCUUAUCAGUCACGAUCCCAGGGUUCAUUGCGUGGAUCGCCAAGGAGCUGGACUCGGUCUUCCCGACCUUCAAUGUCAGUGAUUGGUUCACUCCGCUGGGUGUCAGCAGGAUCAACCUUUUGAACCAAAUCGAAGGAUCGCAGAUGGUGACAUUUGCUAUGCUGGGCGCGAGCUCCGAGGCGGAGUUCUUGCGGCCCGGGUGGAACGAGACUUGGUACGCCGACGGAUUCUCCAAGCUGGCCAACCCGGGAAGGCUGCCGUUCAAGGGGCCGCUUCUCAUCGUUCAAGGGACGGAGGACUCCUCCGUUAUGUACAACACGACCAGGACGACGGCGCAGGAGACGUGCAACCUCUACCGUGGAGAUCUUGAGCUGCUGGCUGUGUCUGAAGGCGGCCAUUUCUCCGCCAUCAACGCGGCGAAGCACACAUGGUUGCAGUGGAUUGAGGACCGAUUCGAGCAUCGACCUCUGGCGAAGCAUGGCUGUGUCGAGUCCCAGUUGGAUAGUCUGCUCCCUGCGCAGAACUAUCAGGUGCAGGCCAACUCGUUCCCCAUGUGGGCUGGAGAGGAACAGUUUGCUUACGAGGUGCCCACCGCACUUUGA